CAGGAGUGUCAGAUGAGGAAGGAGCUGCAGGUGACGACGGAACCUCAGGUGAGGCAGGAGUUGCAGGUGAGGAAGGAGCUGCAGGUGAAGCAGGAGCUGCAGGUGAAGCAGGAGCUGAGUCAGAUGAGGAAGGAGCUGCAGGUGAAGCAGGAGCUGAAGGUGAAGCAGGAGCUGAGUCAGAUGAGGAAGGAGCUGCAGGUUACAGAAAUGUUGCAGGCGUGGCAGGACUUCUGAGUAUGGCAGGACCCACGGGCGGGGCAAUGGCUGCGCCUGAGGAAGCAGUUGUGACAGCGGCAGGCGCCAUGGGUGAGGCAGGGCCCGGGACCCAGCAGUGGAGGCAGGCCUCGCAGCCCGUGCUGGACAGCAUGGGCUACCAGGAGCUGGGAACCUUCUCUGGGAUGGAAGAGCCGGGCCACGGGGAAGGGUCCUCUGAGAGCUGGCUGGAGCAGGCCAGCCACACGCUGCACCUGUGGCGCCACGUGUCUGAGAGGGAGAGGAGGAAGAGGCUGGUGGAGAGCUUGCGCGGCCCCGCGCUGGACCUCCUGCGCGGCCUCCUGGCGGAAGAUCCCGAGCUGGCUGCCCAGGACUGCCUGGCCGCGCUGGUGCAGGUGUUUGGGAACAAGGACCCCCGGGGGAGUGCUCGGCUGAAGUUCGUGACCUGUGCCCAGCGGCCCCAGGAGACUCUCUCUGCGUACGUGAUGCGCCUGGAAGGCCUGCUGCAGUCGGCCCUGGAGAAGGGGGCCAUCCACCCGGCCAUGGCGGACCAGGCGCGCGCCCGGCAGGUGCUGACGCGGGCCCGGCUGAACGACACGCUCCGGGACACGCUGAGGAGGAGGCGGCUGAUGAGGAGACCUCCCGGCUUUGCGGGGAUGCUGCGGCUCAUCCAGAAGACCGAGGCCUGGGACGCCGACCCGGCUAGCAGGGAGCACUUCCCAGGGCAGGAAGAGGCCCGUGUGGACGUUGCAGUCCUGGCAGCAGCCGCCCAGGCCGCCCCGGCCCAUGAGGCCAUCACCGCAGGCACCACUGCACAUGGUGAAGAUACCACCGCCCAGGCCGCCCGUUCCAAGGAAGGGAGCGCCGAGGACGACCCGGCACGUGAGGAGGCCAGUGCGGCAGUUGCCGGCACUGCCAAGGCUGGCGAGGCGGCCCCUGAAGACCAUGGUGCCGCCAGGGCAGCCCCUGAAGGCCAUGGUGCCGCCAGGGCAGCCCCUGGCCCUGGGGAGACCAGCAAGGCGUCCGCGGCCACUCAGGAAGAUGGAAGUGCUGCCGCCCCUGCGGGCCUAGGUCAGGCAGGACCCUCAGAUGCC